AAAAGGCCAAGAUCCGCUCCCACGAGUCAGUACAACUGAGAACAAGGCCUGCAGUGUUGAUAAUACACUGGAUACAGAGAAAAGGUUAUAAUUGUGCAGAAAAUCCGCAAUCAAACAAUGAAAACUGCAGGACGAGAAGCAGCAGCAGGAACUGCUGUGAACCGGCGCGUGUCACACACUUCUAGCUCGAGGAAUCAGAUGGACCGUGGAGCCUAUGGAUCAGAAGCAUUCUCUAUGAGCGUGAGAAGAAGAGGAGGUAUACUACUACUCACUUUGGUGCUAGUCUGGAGCUCAGUAUUUCAAAUAGGACAAUCUCUCCCGCUCAAUGGAAAAGAUGUAUCAGACUCACAGCCCAACUUGCAAAAGAGAUCAUCUUUAAGACUUCUCUGUGACCAUCACAUCAGGGACAGAGGGACCCUUAGCUGUAGUUUCCACGACAAUUGCAUUGAAUCACUAUAUCAAGCAGGAAAGGAAGGUUUCUCAUUGGGCUACGCUCUACCGAGAUGUAACGCAGUCAGAGCGUUCACGCACUCGAACAGCUCUUGCUCAAACUGUCUGAGAACCUUCGGACUAGACACAUGGCUCCUACAAAGUGAGCUCUGUCUUCAAUCAAAGAUGAUCCCUAUUGCUAAGAAAUGGGCCGGGAAGAACAGAGGGCAAGACCCCAAGGACCGACUGAGCUUUGAGGAGGAAUCCUUUCAUGCACUCACCAGCUGCUACAACAAAUCACAACUAGCUAACAUAAUCUCUUCAGGGGCUACACCUAAAGGAGACAUCAAAUCUGACCUAAUUAAAAUACUCAACUCCCUUACAAUCAAGCCUUACUACAGACCAGUAGUACAUCAAGUAUUCCGUUCACUACUUUCCCAGGCACAGGCUCCACUUGAUAAGGUGGUGCCCCCAGCUCCUACCAGGGUUUUAUUUUGUGCUGUAGGAAACACAAACUCUGAGAUAAGUCUAGAGACAAAGAUACAAACGAUGGCCGAAGCUCUUCAAAGUGGUGCACAGCAGUUCUCUCUCUCCAGUGACAAUGAUGAAUUUAAUGUGGAAUGUGGUAAAAAAUCUCCAGCAAACCCUCCCGAAGACAACGUCUCGCUCCAAAAAACCUUCUCCAUCAUCCAAUGGAUCCCGGAUGGCAGCGAAGCAGAUAACUUAAACAGACAUUAUUCUGAGAAUCUUCCAGGCACUACAGCAAAACUCAUCUUCUAUGAAUAUGACAGAAUAGAGGACUCUUACUGUGGCAAUGGGUUCAGAGAAGCUGGAGAAGAAUGUGACAUGGGAGUUGACAACGAGCUGGAUCUUGGCUGUCAAGAAACCUGUGAAGUCUCUGUUGGCUAUGAAUGCAGUCCAGAACAGAGCAGUCACUCGAUAUGCUUUGAGCCUAUCUGUGGUGAUGGUAGGAGAGAUUCUACUGAGGACUGCGAUGAUGGUAACACUGCAUCUGGGGAUGGUUGUACCGCCUGUAGGAUUGAUCCUGGUUUCACAUGUUCUCAGUUGUACAACGUCACUUCAGAAUGCGAUCCGAUCCCGUCGCCUUCAUCAUCGUCAACGUUAUCUGGUUCUACAUUUUCUUCCGUGAUUCCUUCGUUAAAUUCUUUAACGUCGACAAGUAUUCCAAGUCCGUCAAGUCUUCCAACGGAUGACUCAACAGGAAUUUCAGAACCAUUCACUUCCUCAGGGAGACAAAUACUACCCAGAACAUUCAUCUCUUUGCUCGUUCCUUUAUUACUAACCUUUGGAUUGCUAGCACUGGCUUCUAGCAGCUUAAGAUGAUUGUAGCUCUCUCUCUCACUAUACUGCCAUGGACAGUAAUUAUACUAUAAUUAUUAGCAAGGAAUCACAAUUUGAAAUUUUUAGCCUCUCUUAUCUCUCUCUCUUCUUCCCUAUACCCCAUCCACGCUAACAUUGACUGACACUACUUAUAAUAUGACUGACUCAAUUCAAAAAGUUUGUAAUUUAUAAUAUCCAAAACUUAACAGGUAUUAACAUUCCUGUUUUUGUCUCUCCCCCUCUCUCUCUUGUCUUACUCAUCAUAUUUUGUAUUAUAGUCCUUUCUUCUCUAAAUCUCCUUUCUCUUCAAAUUGCACAUGUCCAUUCUCUUUCUAUAUUGUAUCUCAACUUAAUCACUCCAUUGUAACAAUAAUUAUUACUAUUAUUAUUAUUAUUAUUAUUCAUUAUUAUUGUGAACUAAUAUCCUUUUUAAUGAUCUAUAUUAUUAUUAUUGACAAUAUUAUUAUUAUUAUGAUUAUUAAUAUUAUUAUUAUAUCUGAAUCACUAUCUCUAUUUAAAAUGACUGAAAAUUUGAAUCUCAA